GAGCCCCUCCUCCCUACAGUACACAAUUGCUGAACCCAUGCCCACAUUAACAGACAACCCAAUUCCCAUCCAGAUCAUGAACACUGUGUUUAACUGCACCUUCAGUACUUAUCUACACGAUACAGGCUUCCGUGCAACCUGUUACAGCGAACGCGCGCGCGUUUUCAACACCAAGAGACAGUGACGCGCCACGCCUACUCAUCUAAUAUCACUACGACGAAAGCUCAUUAUCUUUCUCCGUUUCAAUUUCUCUUGGACUACAUUUCUUUCUCGGGAUUUGCGUGGACCACUACUGACGACCUAAAUUGAGUGACAGGAGUGUUUUGCCAAAACGCGAAGUAAAGCGAUGACUCGUGCAACGGUGGACGAUGACGGAACCUGUGUAAAAGACGCCGUACCUUCUCAUUGUGUGGCGUUUAUUAACAUGGAGCUUCAUGUUUAACGGACACGACGCUUUUUAUACGUAACGGGAAAUCUUCAUCAUCAACCCGACUAAACGGUAACUUUCCUGUUGAGUGUGAAGCGAGCACUCAUGAAGACGCAAUGCUUGUCUUCUUCAGUUUGCUGAUAAGGACACAGCAGGUGUAAGUGGAGUCGCGAGACCACGCCAUGGUCAAUAUGGUUUGCAGUGAGCAGAGUUCUGGCACGUCGGUGCCCAAAAAGGACACCCAGAGCCGCAAAAAGAGGAAGUCCCGUCCGCAGGGUCUGCCUUCUCCGGCCCUCUGCUGUGCAUGUGGAUUGUGCAUUAUGUUGGCAGGCAUCAACAUCACCUUAGUGGGCGCCUUCGCUUUUAGCACACUCGUGCCCUCAAGCAAUCCUCCAAUUAUCAUCGGACCUAUACUUCUGGUGGUGGCGUUCUCCUUCUUCGGGGCGUGUUGUAUCUGCAGUCGAUUGCCUCCUCCUCAGAGCUCUCGUCGGGCCAAGGGAGGUGGCGGUUUGGGGUUUAUGGGCAGAGGAGGAGGGGGGUUGGGUGGAGGUGCAGCAUUUGAGAUUGAAACCAGCGAGCACACGAUGCAAGACACUACAGCCGUGCAGCUGAGCCCCACUAACUCCCCCUGCUCCUCUCGUGCCUCCAGCCCAGAGAGAGAGGCUCCGGCCACUGCCGCCAAUGCAACGGUUCCUGCCCCUGAGUAUGUUCCUCCAAGAUCCUGCAAGCUCUUCACUAUGGAGGCCAAUGGACCCAACUCAACUUCGGCAGCCUUUUCUGCUUCUACAGGAGGUGGAGGGGCUGUCCGACUGACCUUACCAUCGGACUCUACUGGCACUUAAAUUGCCAGUUUAAGUUGCUCUCUGGAGAAGAGCUGGUAUUACAUUAUGUAAAUAUGUUUUCUGAUGAGAAGAGUUCAUUUGAUUAUCUCAGAUUGCCAUGGGGUGCAAUAACAUUGAAAUGGGUUGGCUUUCGUGAAGGCCAUGGCAAAUGUAUCUUAGUAUUGACUGCGGUUUGAGAUAAGAGUAUGAAGAGGUUGUCUUGUGCUUACGCACUGAAAGAGGGACAGAUUUGAAGAGUGAAUCACUGUGGCGUGCUCCACAUAUUCAUACAGUGCCACUGUUACUCAGAGCAUUCACAGUUACUGCUCUCCAAAGAGACAGAAUCAGCUGUUGUGUAAAAAUGGCUUUGGAGAUGAGCCUAAGAAAUCUCAAUUGAGAGGGACAUUACACUGAGCAUUAAUGUGUUUCAGUCCAAAAACAUUUAUUGGCUAGAUGUUGUAUAUAUACGUCUUGUUUAUCGUUUCAAUGCUAAAAUACGUUUAGCUGCAAUCGUCUGUUUUUUGACUUUUCAUGGCCAACGCUUUGGAUUUUGUUUUAUUUUUGAAAACUCAAAUAAGCCGUGACACUGUGUAAAAGCUCUGCCAAUUUCAAUUUUUUUCACAUGACUCUCGCAGAUGAGGUUGCUAAGCAGUGCCAUAGUUGUUUGACUUCAAUGAAGCACAGAAUAAAGCCAAUUCAAUUUCCACAUGAAAAUAACGCAUUAUGUUAUGAUUUGCCUCGCACUGUGUGGCAAAAACACUUUUUUUUAACUAAUGCGCAUAUGAGCAUAUAAGCAUAUCUGAGUUUGUGGGCUGCACAUUUGUUUAUUGUUCCUGUAGCUUAACUGGUUGAGCAAUGCAUAAUGUUGUGGGUUCAACUCCCAGGGAACAGAUAAACUGAUAAAAUGUUGCUUUGGAUGAAAGCGUCUGCCAAUGAUUUGUUGAGAGUUGCGACAUUAAUGAGCUAACAGACCAUUUAUCUCUAAAGAACCUGCAAGCCUUUAUCUUUAUUUUACACUGUGGUUUGUUUAUAAUGCUGCCAUGUAAACCAGUAUAAUUUUCAAUGGACGUUUCACCCCAAUAUCUCUGUUUUGUUGUCUGCAUGUCGUAUUCUUGUGAUAAUAUCGUAGAUUACGGUUCAAUAUUCUUAGCCAAACUCUCUUUUUCUUUCUGUCUUUGAAUGUCCUUUACCCUUUUAAAGCAAGAGCCAGUAUUGUUCUCAAACAUGCCCUCCAUCACUGACUCAUGCAGAUGGUUCGGGACAAACAGUGAAACUAUUUUCCUAAUGUUGAUUCUAUCAGAUAGGUCAGCUUACAGCAGCAGCCCCUACAAAAGUAGGACAUCAUCCAAUUACAUUAUACUAUUGCAACAAAAACAAAUAAUUUUAAAUUAUUUUGAGAAAAUCACUUCUGUUAUCAUUUUCAUCAUCUAAAAACUAGCAGUAAGGGCUUGAUAUGAUAUAGUUUAAUGAUGUAAUUCUGUAUUUAGUGUUUUCUUUUAUCAUUCUGUCACUGUUGUAAUUUCUUUCUUUGUACCUUUAUCUGUGUAAUGCAGUGUUGUAUAUUUAUUAUAUCUAAUGGCCAUAUGGGUCAGUGUUUGGACAAUACGCAACAUGAACUGCAUGCUUACAAACAAUGCUCUGUUGCCACGGAAAAAAAGAUGUGAUUGUUUGUUACCCAUUCAAGAGAGCUUUCCAUGUACUGUAUGAAGAUUUUGGACAACUGACCCUGGAAACCCUAUGUUCUUACCAUAAACAUUACAGUUAUUUUUACAUAAUGCUAAUUGACUGAUUAUAUCCAUGUAUGUUUGUAUGCUGCUAUUUGGCAUCUACAUCUGAAUUGAAUACUGCCUUAAUGACUGUGAUCUCAGGAUCAAACCUGUGAGGGCUACAAAAAUGUCCAGUGAGAACAUUUGGUCAUGUUGUAUUGUACUUAUAAAGAUGUUGUACUGUUUAUUUAUUUUUGUUCUCUAUGCGUAUUUAAGUGUUUUUAAAUGGACAGAGGAGGAAUGAAAUUCAUGAUGAUAAGGUUUAAUAAAAACAUCAUUAUUGUUAUGACAAUAA